AUGCGGCGCCUGGGAUCCCGGGGCCCGCGCCUGGCCCCCCUCCCCCUCCUGCUGCUGCUGCUUGCGGCCUGCUGCGUCCGCUGCGACGAGCUGGACGACCUGAUCGGCAGCGUGGAGGCGGUGGUGGACGAGGUGGCAGCGAGGGCGUCGGGGUUGUUCAAGGGGCGGUUCCCGGAGGUGGGCAAGUGCGCGUGCACGCAGCACGCCUGCGCCAACGACUUCGAUGCCAGUGACAAGUGCCACGAGGAGCUGGGCGGCGCCAGCAUAUGCAAGGACUGCCCGGGACAGAAGCUGGACUUCACCAAGAGUUUUGUGUUGACGCCUCCGCUCACAGACCUGGAGAGCCUGGGAGACAGUCUAAAGGACUCUAUCUGCACCUUUAGGGGCAUGGAUGACGUCUUUGCCAAUGCCACAGAUGAGUUUGGAGUCAGAGCUUGGACUUAUGUUGCAACCACCAAUGGUGUUAUGAGGUCAUGGCCAGGCCAUGCCAUGGAGCGCGGGGAAGACGUUCCUGCUGGGGAGGGUGAGGAAGAUCUUGGAAAUUGUCAAUCCUACGAUCCGCGCCUUCGUCCAUGGUAUGUUGCAGCAACGAGUGGGCCAAAAGAUGUUGUUAUGGUAAUUGACACAUCAGGGAGUAUGCUUACAGCCGAUGGUGAGCUUUUUGGUGAUUUCCGAUCGCGGUGGGAGAUAACCAAAGAGGCACUUCUUGCUCUUCUGGGAACUUUUGGCAUUUCUGACUACAUUAACCUGGUGGAGUUCAAUGAUGAGGUUAAAGUGCUUGCCACCGGCAAACUGCUGCAAGCCAAAGAAGAUGAAAUUGCCCUUCUGAGGGAUGAAGUGCAAACCAUAGAGCCUCUGGGAGGAACAGACUUCCGAUUGGGGCUGGAGGCUGCCUUCGACCUCCUCAUCAAUGCAACAACCAGAAGCAUCGAAGAUGAGGAGCCCACCAGCUCGCGCUGCCAGAAGGUGAUUCUGUUUCUGACAGACGGCGAGGACUGUACGGUAUCUGAUUCCAAGUGCUCGAUGCCAGUACUCGCCAAUGAAACUGGGGUCGACUCUGUGCUGAACUUCAUCGAAAAGAAGCAGACUGAGCUGGAGGCUUUGGGCAGCCAGAGGGCGCACCUGUUCACCUUCUCUUUUGGAUUGGAGGCGGACGAUGAGAUACCAAAGGAGAUGGCGUGUGCACACGAAGGAGUCUGGAAUCGCAUUCUUUCUGACGAUGACCCAUUGGUGGCCCUGAAUGCCUACACAUCAUACCUGGCAUCCAGAAGAGGCGAUGCCAAUGUGAUUUGGUCUCGAACCUAUGAUGACGCUUUUGGCUUGGGUACCGUCGUCACUGCUGCCAAGCCCAUAUAUGGGCCCACAACAUCAAAAGGGGAACAGGGUGGCUUGAUCGGCGUGGUGGGCCAUGACGUGAGGAUUGAAGAUUUCACUGCAAAGGCCCCAGGUUUCCAGGUUGUAAUUAGUCGAUUUAUUUCGCGAGGUGUGCAGUGCAUUCCAAUCGAAUUCUCAGGCUGCGAGCUGCAGCUGCUGAGGGGAGAGGAGGCAGAGUGUCCAGAGAUUUUUGACGAUGCGAAAUGCUACUUCUUUGCGGCAACUGGUGACUACUACAUGGCACCAAAGAUGCCGCUGCUGAACUACGUCGAAGCCAAGGCGUUCUGUGAGGAUCAAGGAGGCUUCCUUGCCGAAAUUGAUGAGGAGCUUGAGGAGAACCUUAUGGCUGGAAUAGCCUCCAAUGCUGGGUCGUGGGUGGGCCUGACAUUCAACAAUUCAGAAUGGAAAUGGGAACAGAGUGGCCGAGUCGAAGAUUCCAGGUCGGAUAUCUGGACUGUCCUCAGCGACACAUCAGGCAGAGGUGGAGAGACGUGUGCUGUCAUUGAUCGGCGUGGGGUGGUACAGAAUGUCCACCCGAAGAAGUGCCAAGACAAGGCACGCUUCAUCUGUGAGUUUGUGGGCCCAGGACUGCCCAAAGGAUGCAAGGAGGGUGAUACAAUUAGAGUGAAUGACGACUAUGAAUACAACGUGCGACCGCUGUCCACCUGCCGCCCAGAGGAGGAGAGCCUCAGAGAUGCGACGGCGAUCAGCCCAGCAGCCAAGGGCUUGACGAAGGAUCAGGUCAUCUGCCCCUUUGGGGAGCCGAAGUCCACAUUUGAAGUUCGGUGCUGUAAAGACUGCAAACUCUAG